AUGCCACGAAUGUCCGAGAAACGGGAAGGACGCCGCACGGCAUCGCCCACGUGGCACGAUCCAGUCCUGGAGUGGCUCCGCCGGCAUUGCACCGAGAACACUCCCCCCGCUUCCAAGCCGCCGCCGCAACAGUCGACGUCAGACAGCAGAUCCUCCGCAUCAACUGUCGUACUAUCUGCACGCCGCAGCAGCCGUAAGGCUAGCCCUGUGCCUCCGCCCCAGCGACAGGCGGCCGCCGCCGCCGCCGCCGCCGCCUACGGAACCGGCUCCGUCGGCGCCCCCGAAUCAGCCGCUGCUCCCCGUUACGGCACCGGCGACGAGCCUGUGGUAAGAAACCUGCGGACCCCGCCAGCUCCCUCCGGGAGCCGGGAACUGAAAUCAGCUGAUUCAAAAGACCACUUGGUAGUGGCGGGGGCGGCAAUGACGGACGACCAACGGCAUGAGGGGCUUACGAUGUGCACUGACCCACGGGUCGGACCGCCAAGGGCCAACAGCCCUGUCUCUGCGCUGACGCCCUUCCGAAGCGGUCCGCCGGUAAAUCGUACUCGGCACCAGCACGGCGGCGGCUACUCGUCGACUUCCUCCGUGGCUGUCGGCAGUGGACCCGCGGGCAUCGAGGCGUACGACACUUCAAUGGAGUCGAGCGCGCAGAGCAUGGUGCUGCUUUGCCUUCGCGGCAGCGACGACAUAACGCCAUCGUUAGUCAAUGCGGAGGAUACUGGCGCUGCGAGCGUCGAAGCCGGCUUUAAAUUACCGGCGGGUCUCGACGGGCAGCCGCCGCAGCCGCCGCAGCUGCCACUGCCGCCGCUGCUGCGGCCUUUCGUUACGCCACGCGCUACAGACGUUUGGGCGGACCAUCGGUGUAUACUUUCGUCAUUCAGUAUCAAGGUGCACCAGUGUGGAGGCUGUGUCAGGAUGUGUCUGCCGUACCUGCCGUACCUGCCGUACCUGUUGUACCAGGUUCCUGGGGGGGUUCCGGAAGCGUCUAGAAGCCGAAUGGUGACGGUUCUAAACCCUCCGGGGAACACCCCGGAGGAGUACGGCGCCCGCUUGGCCGCCGCCAUAGGGCCCUUGAUCUUUCCCGCUGACCCGCGGCGGCGGCACAGCCGCACUGUUGCGGCGUGCCGUGCGCCAGCUGCUACAACCACAGGUGCUCGUUUCAACACGACACUAAAGACGCCUUUCAGCAUCUCGCCGCCAAGCAGCUGCCGUACAGGUGGAAUGGCGGUCGUACGGGGCUGCGUGCAGCUCAUUUCCUGGGUACGACAAUUGGACGGAACGCUGACGCAGCAGCCGCUAGCGGCGUUGGUACCGGGGCGAGAAGUGGAGGCAGCGGCGCUAGCGGCGGCGAUGGGCAUGGACGAGGCGGCUGUAGCUCAUUUGCUUCAGCUACAGCUACAGCUACAGCUGGAGCAUCAAGCGCGACAGCUGCAGCAUCGUCAGGAUACGGCAACGGUGCUUCGGGAGGCCGCCCUCACGGCGCCUGGGAUGGGAGCGGUGACGGCACCGUCAUCGUCAUCAUCGGCGGCGGCGGCGGCGGCGAUGCAGUGGCCGUCAGCCCUCGGCAACCUGUACGGCGACACAUCAAGUACGGCACCUGCGGACCUGCGAGAGCACAGUGGCGAGAGCGCCUCCGCCAGCCUGUACGACACCGGCAGCGAAACGAACAGGGAUCUGCCGCUCGGAGCGGCCGCGCCUGCAGCGGCGGCGGCGCCGCCGCCGGCAGCAGCAUCUGCGCAGGGCCCGUACGGCACCAGCUACAGGCCACGACUCCUGGAUCAGUUCAACGCCGGGUUCCAGGUGCUCGUACAUCACUUGCCUGACGCGGCUGCCUUGGGCACCUGGCAUAUUCAAGACUUUGACGGCCGCAUCACAGCCUUCCACAACACUGAGGUAUUACACAAUCCCCCGGUCACACGGCUAUUACCGAACCUGCCGCCGCCGCAGCAGCAGGAGCAGCAGCAGCAGUGGCCAUCAGAGCAGGCUGCCGCAGCGGCGGAUCCAGGAAUCAUCGUACCGCAGUACGGCAGCUGCGGCGGCGGCAAUUGUAAUGCCGUGCCGACAGCUGCCGACGGUGGCGGUGGCGGUGGCGGCUUUACCGUAGAGUGCCUAUGGGCGCCGUGUGUGGCGGUGGCGCCGUACGGGAGCGCACCCGUACUGUUGGAGAUGCGGAUUACGUCUCCAGUGGCGCAGGCCUUCCGGUUGUUGCUGGUGCAGCAUGGGGCGCUCCUCGCAGACUUCACGUGCGAUCUGGGCCCUGGUGCGAGGGUGGUGCUGCUGCCGGUGCCGCCGCAACCGCGGCCAGUGACCAUGCAGGUGGUCUUCGCCCCCGCCGCUGGUGGCGGUGGCAGUAGCGGCGGCAGUAGCGGCGGCGGCGACGUCAGCAUGGCAUCGGCGCUGCUGUACGACAUUGCAACGCUGCUGGCGGCACCGCCGGCCGUGGCGGAGGAGCUGGCGGGGCUAAGUCAGUUGAUCCAGAUGGAGUACGGCAAGGAGUACGGCGGCAGUGGCGGCGGGCAGUGGCGGGAGCAAAACGUGCCAUUGGUGUCUGACUUGGCGUUUUUAAUGGAGCGUGCGGAAAUGGCGGAGGUGGCGGAAGUGGCGGGUGGCUUAGGUGACGGCGCCGCCGCCGCCGGCGGCAGCGGCCUCGCCGGCUUGCCACCUGACGGCGCCGUCGCCGUCCUUCACGUAGCGAACCAUCUGUUCAAGCACCUAACGGAACAGAAGGACAUGCCCGCUACAACCGCCUUUAUGGUUGACGUAGCCCGCAAAGCCUUGAUGCCGUACAUCAUGACGGGAGUGCUGGCGCCUCCUGCGCCGCCUCCGUACGCAGCAGCGGCUGGCGCAGCGCUGGCGCCGGCGCCGCCACUCCCUGGGUCUGCAUGUUGUCCCGCUGCUCCGCCAACCUCACCAGCAGCGUCUGCGCAAUUUGAUGUCGGACCGCCGGAGCCUUGGGACUCGGAGCGGGAGCAAGAGGCCUCCGCCUCCGCCACCGCCGCCUCUGCCGCCUCCGCCGCCUCCGCCGACCAGCGUCCCCACCAGGAGCUGCUGGAGCACCCGUCAGGCGCCCCAAUCGCAAUCCCAGACGAGCGCGCACCGCUCUUGGCGUGUGUGCUGGGCUUCCCUGAGCCACGCGUCGAAGCGGUGUACGGCAGGUUCCACGACCGUUGCGCGUUGCGGGGCGACAUCGCCGGGUUGCAGGUCAGCCAUGCAGCCAUGGUGGUGCUGAUGUGCGGUGCCAGGUUCGCGGCCACGGCGGCGGCAGUUUGCUGCUUUUUCUUCUUGAAAGGCGAAAUGCUGUGGCUCGCGCAGGGCCCCCUGCGCCAGCUGUGUCGCUCUCUGACGGCGCUGCUGCUGGCGCUGCUGCUGAGGCCAGCCUGGCGAGAGGGCCUUGCGCUGGUGGGCUGCGCCACGGAUUGCGUCGCGCUGGCGAUGGUUGUGGCGGGCUGGUGGCGGCGCGCCAGCGCCCGCAGCGCCCAUGGUUUAGGCGCUGCACAUGCCUCAAUCCGCUCCUGGCAGCAGCAACACCAUCACCACCAGUCUCCCGAUACUGGCGGUAAGGUGCCGUCACUAUUGCCGUUCAGCAGCAGCAGCAGCAGGAAGAAGAAAGCUGGAGGCCCUCUUCUCGCCUGGCCGGAGGAUGGCGCUGAGUCCUCGUCCCUGUUGCUACAGCUACUACAGCCGCGGAGCACACCCGCAACACCGGCGGAACGGGCGGCCGGCGGCGGCGGCAGCCCCGGCAGCGGCACCCCCGGCAGCAGUGCUCUGAUGCCAGCUUCCGUGCACUCCGACCACCGGUGCGUUAAUGGCGUCGGCGGCAUCAAUGGCGGCGACGGAGGUACGGACCUUGAUUUCGGAGCAGGUGUCUGGCGUGCACGGUCUCUUUCGACGACAGCAAGCGAAGUUGGCAGCGAGCAUAAACGCCUCCGAGAAGCCGGCGGCGGUGGCGGCGGCGGCGGCGGUGGCGGCGGCGGCGGCUGUCUGGCGUCACCGGCAGGCAGUACGGCUGCGGAGCGGCGGCGGCGGGCCGUAAGCUUAAGCGCCCACAACCUGCACCCAAGGCCCGACUGGUCUCGAGGAGUUAGCCAGACCGCCGGCAGUACCAGUGGCGGCGGUGGCGGUGGCGGCGGCGGCGGUGAUGUCGAGCCUCCGCCGCCACUGCCGCCGUCAUCCCAGAUGCGCCGCCGCCGCCGCCGCCAACCCUCGUACUUCCUCGGCGUGUACAGACGCGGCUCGGAUCAGGGUCGGCGCCGCCGCCAGCUGCGCACCAGGGGUAUCCGCCUCCGCCAGCGGUCCCACCGCCGGGCGACGGCCCUGCGGCAGAGAGCCCCAUAUGUGGUCGUCGGUCUUCCCUGGACCACGGACAGCCUGGCGCUCUCUCCACGUCGGAGCUCUCGGGUGCAGUCGCCGUCGGCGAGCCGGGCAAACUCGGCCCACGACAGUCCAACAGCCGCCGCCGCCGCCACGGCCUCCAGCCCCAACGGCGGCGGCGCCGCCGCCGCCGCUGCCGCGGCGGCGGGAUCACCUUCCGACGCCUUUACCGUACGGAUGCUGCUCACGAGCCGCUCGCGGCGUUCUAUCGAGGUUUCGCCGCCAUCAGCGGAGGCGGCGGCGCCGCUGACGCCGACGCCGACGCAACCGCCACCGGGCGCACCGCCGCUUCUUGGCCUGCCGUCUUUUCUCGGUUCGCCUGUCGUACUGGAUCCACACCCUGCGCAGAUGCACCUGGCGGGGCCGGGAAUGCCCGCGGGGCCGUCGUCGCUGCUGCGGGCAAGUUUGAGUCGCUCGACGUCGGGUGCGGACCGUUCCCUGUCGGCGUCGGCAUCGUUGACGGCGCUGCUGGCGCCGCAGCAUCCAGGUGCCGUACCAGAUGAAUGGCCGCCGCAGUCGUCGCAGCCGCUGCCGUCCUCCAUAACGCCGGGGCCCGUUGCGUACGGCACCAGCGCCAGCUACAUGCGCACCUACAGCGGCGGCAGUGGCGGUGCUCCCGCAAUUGCUGUCGUACGACGGCACGGUACUGAAACGGCUUUGGGCGCGGCGCUCGUAGGCGGCGGCGGCGGCGCUGCCGCACCGCACAUUCGCUACGCAGUAAUGCACGCGGCAUCCAAUAGCAGCAGCCCACAGAGCACCACAAGCGGCGGCGGCGGCGGCGGCGGCGGCGGGGUUACGGCCAACUGGCUCCGACGGGAGGAGGCAAUGCCGCCGCCAGACAUGCUCCCAAUACAGACCUCGGCGCCGCCGUUGGCUCUGGAUCAUCUACAAGCGCCAUCAGCGGUGUCGGCAACAACGCAGCCGCGAACCUCUGCCGCCGCCGCCGCCGCCGCCGCCAUCGACGCCGGGGGGACGCGGCGACCGACGCACGGUUUCUGUUGGGGCAGACCUGGAGAAGGAGGACUGGAGCGGAAAGGGGAUCUGCUUACGCGGCCUGACGCUGCCGGCGGCGGAUUGAUGCCGUACGAGGAGCCUUGGUCAGGGGUGCCGGCGGCCGCAGCGAUGGCGGCGAUGGCGGCGGCUUCGCCGACGCCAUCACCGCCGUUGGGUCAGAACGGGCUUGUACGGCAGCUGCCGUCGGAUGAUGGCAAUUGCGGAGGUGUCGCCGUCCGGGCCGCCGUCGAUGCUGCAUCGCCAGCUCCGACGUCGCCCGUCGCAAUCCCAAUGGAGCCGCCGCCACCUCAGCGCGACAUGCUCCGUACACGAUCCAGAUCCAGAUUGCGGCUGAUGCAUCCAUUUGGGGGUCCGGCGGGGCCGUCUGGUGAUGUUGGUGACGGCGGCGGCGACAAUGGCGAUGAGCACUGCUCGUCCAACGUCGCUGCCAUCGAGGAGCAGGAGGCCCUCCUGUCGCUCCUAGGCUCCAGUCGCAUGAUGAGCAGUGUUUUAACUGCUACCUCCGUACCCACGGCGGCGUCAGAUCCAGCCGUACACGGUGUACGGGACCCGCGGUACGAUUACCACACGGCACGCUUUGCGAGGAUCCCAGAACACAGCGUCACGCUCGUCGGCGCCGACGGGGAGGCCGCCGUCACAGGCGGCACCGCUGGCGGCGGCGACGGCGCCGCUGGUGGCAGAGCAGCGCUUUUUGGCCCCCGCAUGGGCGGCAUCGUGUUCUCUCCCCCUAUACCGGCGGUAGCGAGGUUGGCGGCGACGCUGCUGCGGGUGAACCGCGGUCGUGGCGGCGGUGACGCCAGCGGCGGCGGCAGCAGCCUCCGUCAGACACGCGGCGCAGCGGCGGCGUUCCGCGCUGCCAUGCCAGACCUGGAGCUGCUCAGCCGCCGUGUCGGUUCCCACGCCGUUGCGGCCCCCGAUGGCCGCGCCGUCAGUAUUAUGCCCGCCGCCGCCGCCGCCGGCAAAGGUAGCGACACUGUGCCCCUGGAGCUCCCGCCGCCGGAGGAACUCGUCGCAGCAGUGAACGGCCACCAAGUGCCUCUGCCGCCGCCGCCGCCACCGGCGUCGCAGCGUCGCUAUGGCGUCGGCGGCUGUGUAUGGCGUGGCGGCUUCACCUCGCCGCAGGUCGACGAGCCGUUGUCGUACCUCGUCGCCUCUGCCUCCGCCGCCACCGCCAUGUCUAGCGAUGAGUCCGGUGUAGAGGAUCGUCCGCUGCGCGGUGCGUUGCGGUCGUUUAAGGCGCUGGCGGCGGUUACGUCAUCGGCUUCGGCGUCGCCCCCGCCGCAGCCGCUAGAUGCUGCGUGCUUGCGUGGCAGCAGCAGUGGCAAAACCCUCCUUCUUGGCGGCCGCUUCAGCAAUAACGGCGGCGGUGGCGGCAACGGGCGUGCUGUUCCUUCCCUUACAAGGCAUUUAUCCGCUCCAGCAAGGCGGUUGACGCUGACGUCUAGCAGCGGCCUUUCCACGGUGGCGGCAGCGGCAGCGGCAGCGGCGGCGGCCACCGGUGGUGGCGGUGGCGGCGCCUUAUCUUCGCGCGGGACUCACAGCGCCCGCACUCUCAUGCGCAAGCCGUCGUUCAUCGCCGCCGGCAUAAGGCUCUUGAAGCGCGCCUUCACGCUGGGGCCUUCCCGUAGCACGCUGGGCGGGUUCAGCGGCGGCGCUGUCAGUGGCGACAGCCGACGGCGGCUGCAGUCGUCACAGCGGAGCUUCGUGAAGCACUCUGCCGUACUCGGCUGGGUCCAACCGACGCCGGGUCAGGAUGAUGACGGCUGUGGUGGCGGCAGCGGCGGCGGCGCCGCCGCUGCCGGCGAGUCCGAGGCCGACGGCGAGAGUGCGCCUAUGCCCCGCAUGGGCACGAGCGGCGGCGUCGCAAGGCUGCACAGCCUGCAAUCCCUGCUGGCCACCGGCGGGGGGCAAAUCACGUGUGAUGCCGUAGUUGCGCUCAGCGCUGGGGAGGGUGGCGGCGGCGACGCCGACGGCGGCGACGCCGCCGCUUUGGUCCGCCGGCGCCUUGCGGUCGUAUGCAGUGGACACCACAACCGUCGCGGCUCUUCCGCAGCUACCGCAGCAGAUGUCACCACCACCACCACCGCCGCCGCCGCCGCCGCCCCUAACGAGGCGUACGACGACGUCCGGUUGAGCAGCAAUGUUUUUGAAAGUGACGUGAUGUGGGGCGGCAGCGGCGUCGGCAGCGCUGGCGGUUGGUUGGUGACAUCACCAACGACCUCCAGUGACGGCCCCGCUGCCGCCGCCGCCGCCGUCACUGCCGCCGCCGUACAGCGGUCUUUUCCCGCACUGGAGGUCCUUGACGGUGCACGAGUCGGUAUGAGUCAGCAGCCGCAGGGCGGCCCGUACGACCGCAGGGCGGCUACAGCUCCGGAAUCCGCCACCGCCGCCACUGCCGCCGUCGCGGCCGCCGCACCCACUGCCGCCGCUCCUGCAGUCGCGCCUGUUAGCGCAGGUUCGUUACUCAGCAACGAAAUAACACGAACAGCUUCUGGAAGCUGCAGCCCGGUCAGCCCACAUCCACCGCUCCUCGCGCGUCUGGGUUCGAAACUCAUCGGCCGCAGCACUAAACGCGGCAGUAUUGUAUUUCCUUUGCAGCAGCAGGACGCCGAAAAUGCGGAGCCCUUCGGCCCACCAUACGGUCCCAAAUCGGAGGAAGUGAUGGACGUCGGACCGUCGUAA